AUGUCAAGGGUGGAAGGUUAUGGAGAGUCUGACCUGCGCUUCCAGCUACGAGCAUAUAGGACCGAGAUCGCCAUGGCAAUCCAUGACCCCUUCCCACUGCUGUAUGGACUGGCCGAUCACAACAUCAUCACUGAACAGAACCUGAAGGAGACUUUAGAGCGAAAGAAAAAAGAUGGGAUCCACAAAGCUGUCUACUCCCUCCUAACCCUACUACUGGAUCAGGAUACUGCCGUCCAUCAGGCCUUCUGGAAUAAUCUUUGUAAGGAGUACAACAAGGAGAGCUACCCAAAAUUGGAAACCCUGUUUAUCAACCUCCCCAAAGGACUGAGGCAGAUGGUCAGGCACACAAGUAACCCCAGGCUUGAGCUGCAGGUUCGAAGCCAAAUGGGCAAGAAGAGAGGGGCGGCGGAAAAACAACUUUCCCAUCGUUCUCAUCACUACACCAGGAGGGCAUUACCUUCCAGCUCAGGAGGCAAAGGGAAGCCUAUGAGGAAGACGGACAGUGCACUUUCUCAGGUCUCGGUGGGAAACGGAGUCCAGGCUGUCUCUACCUCACUCCAGCGGGCUGUGACGGUGUCUGCCAGCGACCGGCCCACUGGAUGCGGGACAGUAGAGGGAAUUUUAAUACAGAAAGUCAUUGAGUCUGGGGGUGCCAAAAAAUGCAUCAAGGUUGGAGGAGAGUUCUACUCUUCUGGCAAACUAGAGGAGACAGCUGGGCACAAGACGCAGACUGCACAAAACUUUACUCACCAGCAGGGGGAGCCAAGCACCAGAGCUAUGAAUGUAGGUGGCCAGCAGGCUAGACCUGUUUUUGUGAUUAUCAGAAAAACAAACAAUAUUACAAUAUAAUAUUUUCAGGUGGAGCAUAAUGAUGAUGAAUGUGCAGUGUGUAAAGAUGGUGGCGAGCUCAUCUGCUGUGACGGCUGUCCUCGUGCCUUUCACCUUACCUGCCUGGUCCCGCCCCUCACCUCCAUACCAAGUGGUACAUGGCGGUGUCAGUUGUGCCAUAGCAACAGAGGCAGUGAGAGGCCAUACAAUCCCUUGCAGACUGCAGUUCACGUUCCCAUGACGGAGACGGGCUCCAGCUCUACUGUGGACUUUUCCUUCUUCUCCUCUUUGUCCUCCACUUCACUUUCUACAGUCACAGGAGGCAAAAGUGCUCAGUCCAUGGGCCUCCAGUCCUCUAAUGGAGAUAUGAUGGGUGUCAGGAUAGCUUGUGAAAUUUGCCACCUCACUCGAGGAGAGCUGAUCACCUGCUCUCAGUGUCUACAGAGCUUCCAUGUCCACUGCAAUUUCUCAAAUGGAAAGACUAAAUGUAGGAAUUGUUCCAGGAAUUGGGGUUCAGAAAGCGAACCUUCAUCUAACAGUCUUCAGAUGAGCCCCCACAUAACUGAUCAGAGUUUAGUUCCCUCAGAGCAACUGCUGAACAAAGAUGAAGUGGACUCCAUAAUGGGAGAGAGCUCUAUAGAUGGAAUCCUGCAGUGGGCUUUCCACAACAUUUCACGUCCUAUCUCUGAAUCUCAGGCCUAUUUUUAGUAAUCCUAUCUAUCUAUCUAUCUAUCUAUCUAUCUAUCUAUCUAUCUAUCUAUCUAUCUAUCUAUCUAUCUAUCUAUCUAUCUAUCUAUCUAUCUAUCUAUCUAUCUAUCUAUCUAUCUAUCAAGGCUAAAAUGUCUAUAAACAGAUUGGGAUGAAAUAUGUAACAUGGACUUUAUGUUCUGUAAUGACAACUAUCAACUAUAACAUCUAUCUGAAAACCUCUGAUAACCUUCGUGAAUUAUGUGUGAUUCUACCUGGCAAACAUGAAAAAAUGUGAUGGCAUUCUUUAUUACUCUAAAGAUCCCACUUUUACUAUGCAGUAUGCACAGUCUGUAUGUGUGUGUCUGAGUGUUCCUAUUCGGGCCCCCCGUUCUCUUCAGAGAAUGGUUUUUGACACAUCCUGUGGAAUUUAGGGUCUUGAGCCAAUACUGUCAAUUUUCCUCUUUGGUCUUCUCAAGAGAGAGAGA